CGCCCAUUACGUGUACGCGCAUUCUCGGGAGCGCAGUGAAGUGCGAGCUGUCAGUGUGAAGGUUGUAUGUUUUCUUGUUUAGCACAGUGAAGCGCGGCCACGUUUGCUCCCCGCCUGUGUUACGGUGCAGGACGGUGUCCAUCUGUCCGGUAAUCCCUCGUCCUGGCUCAGCCUCUCCCCCGAUCACUAGUGACAGCCGCUCCCCCCUCCUCACGUGACCCGGCUCUCCUGACAGCUCGUCUGCUCGUCCCCGCCGCCGCUCGCCCCCGCUCCUCUAGCUCUGCGGACCAAGGAGACAGCAGCCCCGGCCAGCAGCGCCAGGAUAACACCGGCCAGAUUCAUCAUACUCCAGGAUGACUGAUCAGUAUCAGGACUAUGAUGCAGUGGGGGACCGCGCCGGUGAUUCGGGAGUCGCUGGUGAAAAUGAUGGUGGCCACGCACAAGAAGGGGUCAUCAGGCUGCCAACUGCAUCACAUCACGGAGAUGAACUGCCUGGCUAUACACUAUGCCUAUUACAAAACCGCAUCCCAAUGGCUCCUCUUGCUGGCAUUGAAGAACUUUAUGACCCCCUUGUCGCUGGGGAGCGGUUUACCUGUAGUUCUCCAGAAGGAAGCACUGGGCUAGAGAAGGAGCUGGCUAAUGGUGAAACAGUAAAAGAACAGGGUCGUACAGAGAUCCCUGAGGCAACCACUGCCGAGGAAGCUGGAGUCGGCAACACCCCCAGUCAAGAGGACCAGGCUGCAGAGAGUGCAGCGAAAGAGAUAAAUUUUCCGGCAGCCGCAGGAGAUAUGGAAAUUCAGGAGUCCUCAUGUAGCACACCAGAAACAGAAGUGGGUAUGGACGGAGACAGAUCUAUAACCGAACGGGAUGCGGAGGAUCUGUGCGUCAUCACUGGAGACACAUACGAUGAUGUCAGUCCUAGCUGGACAACGUUGAGUAAUGAACUGCCAUCUGAUGUACAAGGCCGAAACAUCUUAACUAAAGAAUCAAAUGGCAUUGCUACUUAUAGUGACGAUAAGGAAGGGCUUGAAGAACAUGCGUAUGAAGGUAGGGAGGUGGAGCAAGAUAUUCCAAUGUCUAUGGAAGUUCCACUUGGUCUGAAGCCUCAGACAAAUGGUCUUGAAGUGGAUGCAGAAGAAGACAACAAGCUUCUCGAUGGCUCUGUAUUCACAGAAGCAGACAACAAACAUGAAGAUAAUGUACAGAUGCUGCAUGAUGACUUAGCAGCUGACUCUUUCUCAGUAGAAGACCAGCUAGUGCUACCUCGCCCACGGCCGUCUGUAUCUGUUUACCAAGUAGAGAUUGAUGCCAACAAGCCGAUAGAUGCCAAUAGGAUGUCACCAUGUGAAGCUGCCAGUACACCAAGUGAGGACACAUCAGAGAUACAUUUACCAUCUCCUGGUGAAGUUGCAGGGAUCCCAAGAAAACGAAUAUCUCAACAUGGGUCUGGAAUACCCGUACCUGUACCUAAAGCCCAUGAUCAAGAGAAACAUGAAAGUGACUCCCAAGAGAAAGUAGCAGAGACAUCCUCUACUCCACCCAUUGCCAAACUCACAACAAGCAGAACUUCCACAAUCCCCAAAAGAUCCCCUUCUGCUAGCACAAUCACCCAGAAAAAAACUUCCACUCCGACAGUAUCUCCAGCACGGAGCCUUACACAGAGGACUUCCCUAGCCAUGUCUCGCCCGCCAGGCUCUCCAUCGCGGGCUAAGGAUGGCGUUCACGAUGGUGCAGGGGUUAAGCUGCCACCUGUCAGGAGCCCUGCCAACACUACCAGAAUCCCAUCAAAAACUCCCACAGUCCCUAAGACUCCCCCUAGCGGUGUGAAAAGAGACCAAAGGAAGCCGCCGUCCUCUGUGAACAGAGCUGAAUCUCCAAAAUCUGGUGAAAGAAGUGGAUACAGCAGUCCUGGAUCUCCCAGUACACCAACAAACCGUUCCCGCACACCCUCCUCAAAUAUGCCACCAAGCCGGGAACCCAAAAAGGUUGCCAUUGUGCGUACUCCUCCUAAGUCUCCUGCCUCUGUCAAGAGUCGUCUUCAGCCGAUUCCCAGCCCUGUAGCACUGCCAGACCUGAAAAAUAUAAAAUCCAAGAUUGGCUCGACUGACAACAUUCGGCACCAGCCGGGAGGUGGCAAGGUGCAGAUUGUCCACAAGAAAAUGGAUGUGAGUACUGUCCAGGCUAAGUGUGGAUCCAAGGACAACUUGAAGCAUACCCCUGGGGGAGGAGCAGUGCAGAUAACACACAAGCCAGUGGAUCUCAAACAUGUGACUUCUAAGUGCGGAUCCAUGUCAAACAUCCACCACAGGCCAGGUGGAGGAAACAUAGAGGUGAAAUCUGAGAAACUGGACUUCAAGGAAAGGGUUGGAUCCAAGAUUGGCUCACUGGACAACAUCACUCACACGCCCGGCGGAGGAAACAAGAGGAUUGAGAGCCACAAACUGAAUUUCAGGGAGAACGCCAAAGCCAAGACGGACCACGGAGCAGAGAUUGUCUACAAGUCUCCCAACCCUUCUGGAGACACGUCUCCUCGGCGUCUCAGCAACGUCUCCUCUUCCGGCAGCAUUAACAUGUCUGACUCCCCACAACUCUCCACACUGGCUGACCAAGUCUCUGCCUCCCUCGCUAAGCAAGGCUUGUGACAAGCUGAUCUCUAAAUGGAAGCUGGAGGUGCGAGAGAUGUAUCCAAGAUUUAAGGGGGAAAAAAAAAAAAGGGAACGUUACAUAAAAUUGCCCACACUCAAUUGAAUAACUAAACUGUCUCUUGUAUACUUAUUUAUUACACAUCCCAUCCUUGGAAGAGCAUCUCCACCUACUCACUAAUAGCAGAGGGGAGAAAAACACAGGUGUAUUCAUUAAUGUUAUGUAUAUUUUGGUUUUAUUCUAAGACACAAAGGGGUGAUAGAGGCGAGUGCCAUAACUAGCUGCCCGUUUACAUUGGUUUGCUAGGACAGUUUUAAGCAUGGGCGGGACAAUGCAGAGUCCUAAGCAUGGGCGGGGACAAUGCAGAGUCCUAAGCAUGGGCGGGGACAAUGCAGAGUCCUAAGCAUGGGCGGGGACAAUGCAGAGUCCUAAGCAUGGGCGGGGACAAUGCAGAGUCCUAAGCAUGGGCGGGGGACAAUGCAGAGUCCUAAGCAUGGGCGGGGGACAAUGCAGAGUCCUAAGCAUGGGCGGGGGACACAGCAGUCACAAUACCUGAAAGUGAUUUUGCUUUGGGAGAGGAACAUCAACUUUUUUUUUAUUCCAUCACUAGAACAGUUGUUUCCUCAGAACGCUGCAUAAUAGUUUAAAGAGAUUAAUCUCGGUCCUUAAAAGAAGUGUCUUUUUCUUCAGAAACAGCGUCACUCUUAGCUUUCUGUUGUUUUUAGUAUUGCAUUUAUUACCCAAGUGAGUCUGGCUGUAAUAUUAGACACAGAUCAUGUACAAGAGGAUCAACUGUGUCUGGGAUCUAUCCCUUUAAACAGGAAGUUGUCAGAGGAAUUUAUUCACUAUAAUCCAUGUUCCCAGGUUUCUUACAAGGCAACUCCAUGUGACACAUUUGCAGAUGCUAAGACAAAAAGAAAUCCUGUCGCACUGUUUAAUGUAUGGAAAACAUUUCCUUCCCAUAGUCUCAGCUCACACUACCCAAACAAACCAAAUCAUGAACAAAAAGCUUUUCUAUAAUCCGCACUUAGUACGAUAACGUGCCCACUCCCUAUCCCCCACGUUUCAUGUCUUAACGAUGAUCUAUCACCCCAGCACUGGCAUGCAUGAUACAGGAACAAUAAAAUGUUUAGCCCCUUUGGCAGUGAACAGGUUACCCUCUGCGUUCACUUCUUUUGGAGUCUUCUGUCCAACCCUCCAAUACAUUUUCACUGGCCCUGAAAUCUGCUUAUUCUGUCUGAACUUGGUGCGUGAUUUAUAACGAAUCUAAAAAAUUUGCAGUGGCUGCUCUCCCAUUUUUUUUUUAUGCUUGUCCCCUCUCUUUGCAGCCCCAUCACCCCCGCUCUACUUAAUUUUUAGUAUUGCCUUCCUUUUUCCCCUCUGUUAAAAGUCAAAGGUAACAACCCCUCCCUCUCCAAUAUACACCCCCUUUUCUCUCCGUUGUGUCUGUGGCUGUCCAUAUUCUGUGUCGUGUCUGACCAGCUGGUUCACACGGUCUGUUGCUGUAUAAGUGGAUUUGGAAAUAAAGUUAUUAAUACAA